GUGGAAGGGAUGCGGCAUGCAAAAUCACGUGCUGAGGAAGCGAGGAUAUGAAGAUGAUGAUCGCAACUACGAUGACGAGGACGAUGAUUAUAAUGAUGGAAGACGAAUGGAGCUCUACUGACUCGACGUCAUCCCAGUGAAGCUACUGCAAGGUGUGAAGGAAAGCAGAUCAAAACCACGAGCCCCAAUAGGCAAGGACGUGAAGCUUGUGAAAGAGGGCAGGAGAAACUCCCGCAGCUCACUCAAGCUGGAGCUUGAACAGAAGCACGUAUCGAAGAUCAGGAGUGCUGACUAGCUCGGUUGAGCAGGGACUUGAAAGGAUGAGUGGAUUUCUCGACAACCCUGGGGGUUAUCAGUUUCCACCCAUGGGAGGCGAGGCAGGGACAGGCUCUGGAGCAGGCUCAGUACCAGGAACAAUCCCAGACAUUGGGUCUGGUUCUGGAACAGGGUCGCUUCCAGAUUAUGCCAACCCCUCUGCUCCCCUUCAGCAAGCCAUCAUAGACGCGACGAACCAAGAGAUUGUUGCAGCGGUAUAUGCAGCGCUCUUACCUGCCAUGGACUUGGCGAUCACGAGGGCAGCGGGAAAUCUAACAAAGGUGUUCGACGACGUGCUUAAGAAACUACCAGGCACUGCGGAUUCAGCUGUUGAACCACUCAUUCUCAAGUUGAAGGAAACGGCCUUUGACAUCUUGAAAGUUCUCUACACAGAAGGUGUCAAAGUUGCGAUCUGGCUCUUGAUAACAGCACAGGUUUGCAGCACACUGAUUACCCUGCUUAUUCUCGAAAUCUUGUCUUGCUGCUGCUCCAUUCUCUCAUGGCGCCGCAAGAGAUUCAGGGAGAAUCAAGAGGGCUGUGAAUUGCAAUCUGUUAACAACUCAUGCUCGGAAAAAGAAUCAGGAGACUUCCCCAUCAUGAUUCCAGCAGGGUCUCAAACUGAAGAAGAUCAGGUUCCUAACGGGUUUGAGAGCAAAACAAGCGAAGAAGCUCCAAGACAAUCGUUGCAGUUCUCGGCCAUAAUGCCGGUCGCAAGACUGUCUUCCAAAGAUCCGAAGAGCCCGAGCGGGGAUGGGAUUUUGUCAGGGUUAUGGAAGACGGCAGAGGCUUCGGCCUUCUUUAGGAGCCCUCCCAGCUCACCGACACCAAAGAGGUACCUUGAGAACAAGAAUUUUCAAUGGCCCAACGUCAUACAGCUCCCUACAAGAAGGGUGAACGCCGCUCACCGCAGAUCUCAGUCAUCUCCAGUUCAACACGUUCCUCAGUCGAUGGACUCUGGGGCACUCGCGCCAGUUCAUGAACGAGGAGAUUCAAUAAGUCUUCUCGAAAGGUAAAAUGCAUCAAAAAUUUGAGGUACACCGCCUUCGACUCUACAUGUUAGUUAGUGUUUUCCAUUGUCCCUCUUAUAUGAAAAUUUUUAUUAUGUUCG